GAAAUUUCUUUUCGUUGUCGUCGGAUGUGUUUUGAAAACGUUGUCUCAAAGAGUAGAGUACACUUCUUUUUAUUAUUUUUUAUUUUAUUUUUCCCUACAUAUUUAACAUCGGGCAUUAAUCAGAAAGUUUUAUUUUUAUUUUUAUUAUUUUUAUGCUGUUGUUCAGAAACUUCUUUAUUGUUUAACGAGAAAAAUUCUCUUCCAACCACGUUUGGUGCGGUGUGUGGAUUAAGAAAAAUUGUGUAGAAGGUAUAACACACGGUGGUGAAUGUCAUUAAUUUUAGCUAAAAUUGCUUCUUUAAAACCAAUAAAAUUUUAAUAAAUUGAAAAAAAUAAAUAAAAUUUAACAAAGUGAGUGAGAACGUAAAACAAAUUAUCAAAAUAACUCGGAAAUUUUUUGCCAACUCUAAAAUGUUCUGUUAAUAAAUUUAAAUAUUUCGGUGAUUGUAACAAUAUACCAACAACAACAAAAACAACAAAAUAAUAGUCUUAUGUAAAUUUCAUUUUGUGGCAUUAAACGACAAGAAAUAAGAACAGAACAUUGUCAACGCAUUACGUCAAUUAUGAUAGCGAUAUUGAAUUUGCGAUAAAGACUUAAAGUGAACGACGACGAAUUCGUUUAUAUACUUAUCAGCCACAUAAUAAUAUCAACAACUAAAGACUUAUGGUAUAACAAACAAAAGAAAAUGGGUUUUUCAUCACUGCUUCAAGGAAGGGCAGCUCACGAAGCCCUUUUAGUGCGUCAAGAUGCCGAACUUCGUCUAUUGGAUACUAUGAAACGAUGCUUAACGCAAAAAGUAAAAUGUGAUAAAGAAUAUGCAAUUGCAUUAACAGCCGCCUCACAGCAAGGACUCAAAAUCGAUCGGGCCGAUGAUCUGCAAGGAAGUCUCAUAACAAAAGCAUGGCGUGCAAUAAUGGAAGAAUGGGAUCAAACAGCAAAACAACUUAAAUCCAAAGCCGAAUUACUCGAAUCGGUUUGCCAAGAUAAGCUAACACAUUUAUAUCAAGACAAACGAAAGGCACGAAAAACAUAUCAAGAGGAACAUAGUAAAAUUGCCGCUCAAUUUACAACUUUGACAGAGGAGGUGGCAAAGAAAAAGGUGGAAUAUCAAAAACACUUAGAAUACUACAAAGUCCUGCGGUCUCGAUUCGAAGAGCAUUACAUCAAAUCGGGUCGUGGUGGCCGAAAACUAGACGAUGUUCGAGAUAAAUAUCAAAAAGCGUGCAGGAAAUUACAUUUAGCCCACAACGAAUAUGUGCUGCUAAUUAGUGAGGCGAUCGAAGUAGAAAAAGACUUUAGAACAAUAUUGCUUCCAGGUUUAUUGGAACAUCAACAAUCAAUCCAAGAAAAUUUUAUAGCCGACUGGAAAAACAUAUUGCUCGAUGCCUCCAGACAUGGUGAUUUUACGGCGGACAAAUUUCAAGAGAUUCAAAGGCGAAUCGAAUCAAACUUGCAAAAUGUUAAUCCGGCUGAAGAAUACAGGGAGUUUACAGAAAAACACAAAACAUCUCCAGCUGCCCCAGUGAUAUUCCAAUUCGAUCAAUCUCUCAUCGAAGACAAAGAUUCGUUAGGCAAUAAGCUACAACCAAAUUCGCUUACCGUUGACAAUUUAACCGUCGAUUGGUUACGAUUGCGGUUAACCGAAUUUGAGUCGUCAAUAAAGGAGUGCCAAGAGAAACAAACCAAACUAAUGGAGAACGGAACAACAACGUCGCCAUUAACGCCCGUAAUUAAUGGGGUUAAUGGCGGUAGUAAAGAUAUGAACAAACAAUCAAAAGACUUAAAUACACUGCGAUGCCAAGAACGACAGAUGCUCAAAUUGGCCGACAUGAUAAAGACUGCACUGAAUGAAGUUGGAUGUGAAGAAUUGCCAUCCGGUUGUGAUGACUUGUCAGUCGAUCAGGGUUUUAUCGAAAACAAUGUGAGCUUAGAUCAACCGGACCACCAUAACUCAUCAUUCUUUCUACAAAAAGGGGCUGAGGUAAUAUCCAUGAUCAAAGCUCCAUUUAAACGAAAAUCGGCACCAAUCAGUUCGAGUCAAUCUGCCACAUCAAGCUCGCCAAAAACAAUGCCACGCCGACGUGGCUGUUCGGUGACUCGUUCUGUUAGUCUGGGAUCAUCGAUGACUCUUGCCACAAAUCGUCCGCUCUACGAAGAAGAAUGGUUCCAUGGUGUUCUGCCGCGCGAAGAAGUUGUGCGACUGUUAAAGAACGAAGGCGAUUUUUUGGUGCGAGAAACAAUACGGAACGAAGAAAGUCAAAUAGUAUUAAGCGUUUGCUGGAAUGGCCAUAAGCAUUUCAUUGUGCAAAUCACAGCCGAUGGGCAUUAUCGCUUCGAAGGUCCCGCUUUUCCCAGUAUUCAAGAGCUAAUUAUGCAUCAACAUCAAUCCGAAGCACCGGUGACCGGUCGAUCCGGUGCUGUAUUAAAGAAACCGGUACUUCGCGAACGAUGGGAAUUGAGUAAUGACGAUGUGAUACUACAAGAUAAGAUUGGACGAGGAAAUUUUGGUGAUGUGUACAAGGCUCGAUUAAAAUCGUCGAAGAAACAGGUUGCCGUAAAAACGUGUCGAAUGACUCUGCCUGAAGAACAAAAACGAAAAUUCCUUCAGGAGGGACGAAUUUUAAAACAGUACGAUCAUCCGAACAUUGUUAAAUUGAUUGGCAUUUGCGUCCAGAAGCAGCCCAUUAUGAUUGUCAUGGAGCUGGUACCUGGCGGAUCCUUGUUAAAUUAUCUACGAAAAAAUGCUACCACAUUGAACACCAAACAGUUGAUGAGUAUGUGCCGGGAUGCUGCAUCUGGUAUGCGAUACUUGGAAUCGAAAAAUUGCAUCCAUCGUGACUUGGCUGCGCGCAAUUGUCUGAUUGGCUACGAGAAUAUUGUUAAAAUAUCAGACUUUGGCAUGUCUCGUGAGGAGGAAGAGUAUAUAGUAUCUGAUGGCAUGAAACAAAUUCCAAUCAAAUGGACUGCGCCGGAAGCCUUGAAUUUCGGAAAAUACACAUCACUUUGUGACGUUUGGUCGUACGGGAUAUUGAUGUGGGAAAUAUUUACAGGAGGCGAUACACCGUAUACGGGAAUGAGUAAUUCAAGAGCAAGGGAGCGAAUUGAUUCAGGUUAUCGGAUGCCAGCACCGGACAAUACUCCACAAGAAAUGCAUAGGCUUAUGUUGAAAUGCUGGUCAUACGAGCCGGAAGCAAGACCACAUUUCGAGGAAAUUUACAAUGUUGUUGAGGCUCUAUUGGCACGGGAGAUGUAACAGAGUUUGUCAACAAUUCCACAAUUUUAUCAUCGCAUGUUUUGUUACGAGCUAAAGUGUCCGCGAAAUACAAAAAAUAAAUCGAAAGAUCGAUAGCUGCAACAGCACAUUUUUCUGUUUUUAUUCA